GGUGCGCAUCGUGACGCGCCAGCGCGCGUUCAGCAGCGCCAAGGCACGCCGCCUGCUGGGCUACACGCCGGCCACGCCCCUCCAGGAGGGCGUCAGGCGGACGGUCGCGGCCUUUGCCCACCUGCGCGCGGACGCGGGCGCGGGGGAUGCCGCCGCCGCCGCUGCUGCCAAGGCGCGAUAGCUCGGCCCCCACCUACAAACGAAGGAGCCGGCC